CCGAGUGACAGUUACAGAGAGAGAGAGAGAGCGCGAGCGAGAGAGACACGAACGGAGACCAAGAGAAAGAGAGAGACUCACCGGCGAGGAGAGGAGGCGGCAGCAGGCGGACGGACGGUGUGAGGAGGGGCAACUUCGCCAAGUUCACAGAGGAGAGAGAGACUUCCCGUAGUAGUGUAGACACAAGAGAUGCCGUUGGUUGACCGUAGAAACCGUUGUGUUAAAAGGUUACAUCUAUAUCGGACCCCGCCGCCCAACAAGAGCUGUUUUUGGAUGACCUUACUUCCUCACUAAUAAUAACCAUAAGCAUCAUUUUGUACUCCUAAUGCAAACUUACCAAAAUUAUGAAUACUAAAACUCAUCUGAUUGUCAACCCUUUUGAAUUGAAUUAUUUGAAACAUUUUGCCUUAGUUUUCCUAUAUAAACCCAUUUUACCAUCCAUUUCAUUCCAUUCCACCUUAGUUUUCUUUCAAGCUAAGGCCAUAUAUUGGAGGAUUCUAUAUGAGAAUGAAGAUGGCUUUUACUUUUGGUGCACAAGGAUUCAUUCUACUUGCAAUUGCAGCCUCUUUCUUGGUAAUUGGUGAGGCUAGAACCAUUGUUGUUGGAGGCUCAGAAGGCUGGCGUCCUGGCUUCAACUACACAGAUUGGGCUCUCAAAACAAGUCCUUUCUACCUGAACGAUAAAUUAGUAUUCAAAUAUGCACCCCCAAGCGACACCUAUGUUGCUCCAAAUGUUUACCUACUACCAAACCUAUAUAGCUAUAGGACAUGUAACUUCAACAGCGCGAAGCUACUGGCAACCGAAACACAAGGAAGUGGUGAAGGUUUUGAGUUUGUGCUGAUCAACAAGUGGAGGCCUGUAUACUUUGCUUCUGCUGCGGAGCAUGGCAGUCACUGCAGUGAGGGGCAGAUGAAGUUCUUUGUUAUUCCACUGCCACAUCCAAAUUAGUUAUCGAUGACCUUAAUGAUGCCGGAGCGCUUGAAAAAGAUGUAGUUAGUGCUUGCUAUUUGUCGUUCAUCUGGUUUUACUUGUAGGGUACAAAAACAUUCAAUCAUGCAGAUCUGCAUGAUUGAUGCAUACCAAUAAAAGGGUUUGUUCCCAAUUACUUUGUUCUGGUUUAAGUUUCGAACACUUUAUGGCUUUUAGGGAAACAAGUGUGAGAGGAAUAUUUGUGUUUCUUCUUGAUAUAUCUGCAUAAAUUAAAUAAAACAGCCGGCCUUUGCUUUUAAA